AUGGAAGCUAUAACGAGCAGAUUCAGACGGUUACUUCUCUUGGUGUUAGUGGCUUGCGGUGCACAUGUGGUCGUCUGCGGCUCCUCCUUGAAUGGAAACGAGACGGAUUGGUUAUCACUGCUUGAUUUCAAGAAUGCCAUCAGCCUCGAUCUGCACCAAGCCUUCAUGUCCUGGAACGACAGCAACCACUUUUGCAGUUGGGAAGGUGUCCUGUGCAGGGUGAAGAAUCCACGUCGUGUCACUUCUCUAAACCUUGCAAGUCGGGGUUUGGUAGGACACAUCUCUCCUUCAAUCGGGAACCUAACAUUUUUGCAUUCUCUAACACUCACGGAGAAUACACUCACAGGAGAGAUCCCACCCACCCUUGGUCGCUUGCGUCGCCUCCAAACCCUGCGCUUGACUAAUAACACGCUGCAAGGAAGGUUGCCGAGUUUCGCAAACUGCUCAAGGCUCAGGGUGCUGCAUGUUUCGGUUAAUAAUUUAGUUGGCCAACUUCCUGUUCAUUUGCCUCCUCACCUUCAAGUACUGCAAAUUUCACGUAAUAACCUCACUGGCACCAUCCCAGCUUCUCUUGCUAAUAUCUGUGCGGAUAAUCACAUCAAGGGCAAUCUUCCAAGUGAGUUUGCAGAUUUGUCCAGCUUGCAGUACCUGUAUGUAGGUCUCAAUCAGUUGGUAGGCAGGUUCCCACAAGCCAUCCUGAAUCUUUCUUUGCUCAUCGGCCUUGACCUUGCUGUCAAUGGCCUAAGUGGAGAGGUACCACCAAAUCUCUGUACCUCUCUGCCCAAUCUCCAGAAACUUGUAUUGGGUGGCAACUUCUUUCUAGGGUCCAUUCCUAGUUCAUUCACUAAUACUUCCAUUCUAAACUUCAUCGAUUUGUCGCUUAACAACUUCACAGGAUUGGUGCCCACCACGAUUGGCAAACUUACCAAACUCUCGUUCUCAAAUCUUGAACACAAUCAGCUGGAAGCACAUAGCAAGCAAGACUGGGAGUUUUUGCGGAAGCAUUCCCACUUCAUUAGGCAACAUAAGCAGCCUAAAAUUCUGAAUAUUUCUGCCAAUAACUUAACGGGGUCAAUACCAGCAUCUCUUGGCAACCUACAACUUCUUAAGGAACUAGACUUGUCAUUCAACCAUCUUCAUGGUGAGGUUCCAACUAAAGGGAUUUUCAAGAAUGCAACUAUCGUGUGGAUUGAUGGAAAUCAAGGGCUUUGUGGUGGGGCAUUGGAGUUACACAUGCUAGCAUGUUCUACCAUUCUUUCAAAUUCAACUAGAAAAAAGGGAUCUUUGGUUGUCAAAGUAGUUAUCCCAAUAGCCAUAAUGGUGUCACUUGCUAUGGUCAUAUUUGGCUCUUGGCUUUGGAGAGGAAAAUACAAGAGCAAAUCUAUAUCUGAACCAUCAUUUGCUACAAAAUUUGCCAAAGUUUCUUUCAAUGAUCUAGCCAGAGCAACACAGGGAUUCUCAACGUCCAACUUAAUUGGCAGAGGGAGAUAUAGUUCUGUAUAUCAAGGAAAACUAGCUGAAGAUGAAGAUGAUGUUGCUGUGAAAGUUUUCAACUUAGAGACAAGAGGAGCACAAAAGAGCUUCAUCGCAGAAUGUAAUGCGUUGAGAAAUGUGCGGCACCGUAAUUUGGUUCCUAUCCUAACUGUGUGCUCAAGAAUUGAUUCUAAUGGUAAUGAUUUCAAGGCCCUAGUGUAUGAGUUCAUGCCACGAGGAGAUUUACAUAAACUACUAUAUUCAACCCAAGACUCUGAAGGCGCUUCAAAUAACCUUAUUACAAUGGCUCAAAGGAUAAGCAUUGUCGUGGAUGUAGCGGAUGCAAUGGAGUACCUACACCAUAACAACCAAGGAACAAUGGUUCAUUGCGAUCUGAAGCCUAGUAACAUUCUUUUGGAUGAUAAUAUGACAGCUCAUGUUGGAGAUUUUGGCCUGGCAAGAUUCAAAAUUGCUUCCACAACAUUACCUAUCGGUACAUCAAACUCUUUGUCGGUUGCACUCAUGGGGACGAUCGGAUACGCUGCUCCAGAAUAUGCGGGAGGUGGUCAUGUUUCAACUAUCGCAGAUGUCUAUAGCUUUGGUGUCGUUCUUCUAGAGACAUUCAUUCGAAGAAGGCCGACUGAUGGCACCUUUAAGGAUGGACUGAGCAUAGUAAAGUUUGUAGAGAUCAAUUUCCCCAAUAGGGUAUUGGAUAUUGUCGAUCCCCAGCUACUACAAGAGUUGGAGCUUUGCCAGGAAACUCCAAUUGCCAUGAAGGAAAAAGGUCUACAUUCUUUGUCGUCCAUGCUAAACAUUGGCCUUUGCUGCACCGAGUCAUCUCCGGGUGAACGUAUCAACAUGCAGGAGGUGGCUGCCAAGGUACAUAGAAUCAGGGAUGCAUAUCUCAGAGAAGACUGA